AUGGCUGAGAGCGUGAGCCGGGGUGAUCAGAAUUUGGAGUUUCUAGAGAUCGUGAAGCUCGAAUUCAGGCAGCUGCGUGAGCAGCUGGUGGAUCAUGUUUGCCGAGAAGUGCGCGAGUUCAUGAACUCCAAGCACGAUGGCCACGGUCCACUGCAUGUUCGGCAUGAGCAGCAUCUGCAAGUUUUGCCGUUGCCUACGGAUGGCACGGCCAGUGCAGAAUCGUGCAAGCGCUUUAAUCGUUCUGAUUGCUCCGAGACCUCGUCAGAACAGGCUCCAGAAAUUCCGGAAGAGGGCAGCGACUGGCUGUAUCGUCCUGGGAAGGCUUUUGCUCCCAGCCGGAUGCUGAAGAAGAUCGGUGAGGAUGAUAUGAUAAAGCGCACCUCGAGCUUUGGUGGCCUGAUCACCUUGAAACGUCGCUUCUCAGGGCAAGCUUUCGAGCAGCCACUAUGGGACGAAGGAUCAAAGCGCUUUGUCAAGGACCUCUCGCACCACAGCCACCACACACCCUUGCGUAAUGCAGGCACUGCGUUCCCAUCUGUGCCCGACGUUCCCAACGUUCCGGCUCCAGCUCUCGAAGUGGAGCCCGCAAUGGGCGCAUUGGAAGAAGAGGCCGAGGAGGCUCCGGCAAAGACAGAGACAGAGCACACGGAGACGGAGACAAUCCAAGCUUUUCAGUCAAAAACUGCCAUUACGUAUCCAUCUCGUACGUCCGGCCCGUCUGGCUUGGACAAGGUCUUCUCGUUCCAGCGUCAUUCCUCCGUUGAGUUUGGAUUCAGAGAGUCUGUCCUGCAGAGGCUGGCUUGGAGAGUUGUGAGUAACAUGGUCUUCGAGUCCACAUCAAUGUUCAUGCUGAUUGCCAAUUCAAUAGCAAUAGGAAUACAGACGGAUUACGUAGCUUCAAACAUGGUCAGCACAGUGCCUGUGUAUUUGAGAGCUUUGGACAUCGUCUUCUGUAUAUUCUUUGCUCUGGAGCUUUCAGUCCGGCUUGCAGCCUUCGGAAGGCGAUUUUUCACCAUGACUGGAUGUGGCUGGAAUGUUUUGGAUCUUAUCUUGGUGAGUUCUCAAGUUGCCGAAGAGAUUCUCUUUGCUGUUGCUAUGCACACUGGAGGCGGCACGGUUCAAUACAACACAGAAAUGAUGCGUAUUGUUCGCAUCCUGCGGGCGAUCAAGGUUGUGCGACUCGUUGGUGCAGUUCGUUUCGCUCAGGAUUUGCAGCUUCUGAUCAAUUGCCUCUUCCUCUCUUUGAAGCAAUUCCUGUGGUCGGCCCUCUUACUGCUAUUGGCCAUCUAUGUGGUGGCAAUCUACAUCACGCAGGCUGCCACUGCCUACCGGCUUGAGAACUCUGAAAGCCAGCACGACAGUGCAAGCCAGCAGGAGAAAAUGACCAAAUGGUGGGGCUCCAUGCCCCAAAGCGUCUUGUCGCUCUUUCAAGGUGUUACAGGCGGCGUGGACUGGCAUGAGAUUGCUGAUCCGCUCAUCAUCGGCAUCAGCCCCUGGUUUGGCUUACUCUUCAUUGUGUUCAUGGCCUUUUGCAUCUUGGCAUUGCUGAAUGUGAUCACAGGCACUUUCGUCGAGACGAUGAGCCAACAGGCGAAGGAUCUAAAGUUGAGGAACCGUGUGCUUCAAGCACGCCGGCUCUUCUGCGAGAUCGAUCUGGACGGCUCAGGGUUCAUCAGCCCCGAGGAAAUCGUGGACCACACAUCGAACCCGGCGGUGCAAGAGUUCUUCGAGUCCAUCGACGUCCAUCCGUCGGAAGCACAUAGGCUUCUUGAAGUCAUCGACAUUGACGGCAAUGGCAAGAUCAACUUUGAGGAGUUCCUGGAAGCCUCCAUGCGUUUGAAUGGAGCUGCCAGAUCAUCUGACUUAAUCUUAUUGGCACGCGAGAUGAAGCGUUUUCAUGCGUCCCAGCUAAAGUAUUUGAGUGAUCUGAAGAGCACGCUUCUUACCCUGCGGCCUGCCCUGAUGUGA